UUUUUUGAUUUUUGUUUAUCUUCAAUUCGAUGAUCCAGAAAUCUGACGAUCUAAAUCGCCGGAUCUUGAGAUUCCCGGCAGUUCAUCCCUGUGAAAGUGUCUCCACAGGAACCCUUCUUCGUGAUCUUAUAGCUCUUUCUCGCAACAUAUGUGAUUACCAGUCGAAGAUCUUUGCAACACAACGCCGGAAUGCACGAGAGGCGAUUCGUCAAGUUGGAAUUCUUCUUGUCUUCUUUGAAGAAAUUCGAGACCGUAAUGAUUCAGCUUUGCCUGAUUUUGUCAGCCUCUGUUUCUCCGAGCUCCAUUAUAGUCUUCAGAAGCUCCGGUUCUUGUUGGAGGAUUGCACUCGCGAAGGUGCUCGGCUUUGGAUUCUGAUGAAGUACGAACGAGUUUCGACUGAGUUUCGUGUACUUAUCAGGACGAUAGCCACGGCGCUGGAUGUGCUUCCUUUGUGUUCGAUCGAUGUUUCCAUUGAAGUCCGAGAAUUGGUCGAGUUAGUGGCUAAUCAAGCUUUCAAGGCGAAAUUUGAGGCCGACCCGGAUGAGGAACAAGCAGCUAAAGGUGUUCUCGACAUUUUAAACCAGUUCGAGAACAAAGUCGUUCCCAGUCGGAUUGAUCUGAGAAGGGUUCUUGACGACCUCGAGAUUCGAAGCUGGAGCCGGUGUAACAAGGAGAUCAAGUUCUUGGACGAAGAGAUAGAUUCGGAAAGCUCAAAAGGAGAGGAGAGGGAGGUCGUGUUUCUGAGUAGUUUAAUGGGUUUUAUGUGCUAUUGUCGAGUCGUCAUGUUCAAUGUUGUUGACUGUAGAAGUAACCACCGUUCGGAUGUCAGAUGCUUUGGAGAGGUGCUCAGUUACCUGAAUCCGGAGGAUUUCCGAUGCCCCAUCUCUCUGGAGUUCAUGGCUGAUCCAGUGACAACAUCAACAGGGCAUACUUAUGAUCGAUCUUCAAUCCUAAAGUGGCUCAAAGCAGGAAACUUCACCUGUCCCAAAACAGGGGAGAAGCUGACGACCACCGAACUGGUCCCUAAUUCGACUCUGCGGAAGCUUAUUCAGCAGUACUGUUCCGAUAAUGGAAUUUCAUUGGCGGAACAUGGCAGUCGGAGUCGUGACAUAACAAGAACAAUUCUUGCCGGCAGUAACGCAGCAGCAGAAGCCAUGAAACAGCUUGCCAACUAUCUUGCUCACACGCUUGUGGUCGGAACAGGGGAAGAGAAGAACAAAGCCGCUUAUGAGAUCCGUUUGCUUGCAAAAUCCAGUAUCUUCAACAGGUCUUGUUUCGCCGAAGCUGAUACAAUCCCUCCUCUACUGAUGCUUAUUUCUUCCACUGACCCAUCAAUUCAAGAGAACGCAAUCGCAGCCCUAUUAAAUCUGUCCAAAUAUUGCAAGUGCAAAACAGAGAUUGUUGAGAAUGGUGGGUUGAGGUUGGUUCUGGAUGUUCUAAGCAGAGGUUUGAAGAUGGAUUGUCGCCAAAUCGCAGCUGCUACUCUGUUUUAUCUUUCUUCAGUGGAAGAGUACAGGAUUUUGAUAGGAGAAAUGCCAGAUGCAAUCCCCUCUUUGGUGAACUUGAUUAGAGAGGGGAAUCCAAGAGGGAAAAAGAAUGCUGUGGUUGCGAUCUUCGGACUCCUUCUCUACCCAGGAAACCAUGAUAUGGUGAUUGCAGCAGGAACAGUCCCUUCAAUGGUUGAUCUUCUAACAUCUUCCGAAAGAGAAGAUCUUGUUACCGACUCUCUAGCAGUUCUAGCAAGGUUAGCAGAGCAACCUGAUGGAACGAUUGUGAUUCUAGGGACCUCUGCUUUACCUCAGCUGUUGAGGAUUCUAAACUCCUCCACUUCCCGAGUAGAGAAGGAGUACUGUGUUUCACUUUUGCUCUCCCUGUGCAGUAAUGGCGGAGCCCAGGUUAUUUCCAUCUUGCAGAACACCCCUUCUCUUAUGGCUUCCUUGUAUUCUCUUCUCACAGAUGGUACCUCACGUGCAAGUAAGAAGGCCAGUUCGCUCAUCACCAUCCUCCAUGAAUUCCACAAUUCUAGUUCAACUGGAUUGUUGGCUCCAGAGGUACCACAAGAACGCUUUGUUCACGUACGUUAAAACCCAAUUUUGUGCCGUUAUUCUUUUGUUCAUUGGUCCCUUUAUUCUUUUUCAAGCAUCUGUUCUUGUAAAUAUGGAUGCUUUUGAAGAAGUUGUUAUAUUAGCUCGGUUUUUUCAAGAGCUAAAUAUGGAGUCACAGCUUCUGAUUAUGAAGCUAUAUGUACAUAUUUAUAAUAUACACUUGUGUAUUCUGAAAUACUUAUUGGAUUAAUAAAGCAAAUAAAGGUGUGUUAUAGAGUUAAGAUCCAA